UUGGCACCGUAUUGGACGAAGAGGUUGGGAAAAAUAGAUGGAGAUAUGCUCCUGGGUGCACAGGUUAGCCCGAGAGGCGGGGACGUCGGGGUAAUUUGGGAUCAAAAGAAGGGGACUGUCCGGUUGAUAGGGGAUGCAGCCGUAGUGGCUCGGGGCGAACUGCUUCAUUUACCAUGA